UUUGAUUUAUAUCGGUGGUGAUAGUCUAGCCGUUUAUUGCCGCGAACUAGCAGCUAUUGCCCAUUUGCGCAGUUUGCAACAGUCGGCAAUCUUGCCGUCAUGUUUUCAAGAACCAUCGCGCGCUCUGCGCGGCUACCUGUGCUUUCAAGAUCAACAGCUAUAAGAGCUACAGCUAUCUCUAGAGUGUCAUACCCAGCGACAUCAAUAUGGGCACGAGGAAUGGCCAAGAAUAGAUCCCGAACCCCCCCGAACGCAAACCCAGGCAAGCAAUCGACACCGAAUCAACCCUCACCUAGCGGUGCUCAGUCCGCACAACCCGCUCAAUCGAAGGCGCCAAACCCUGAGUCCGCUUCCACAUCCGCGCAACCCUCGCAAGGCGCCAACACCGACCCCUCUACACCGAAUCUAGGCGCUCUACCCGAUCUUACCCAAGGUAUUCCAUCGACUCUUGAAUAUGAGACAAGCGGGGCCACCGAUAAAUCAGCACUCGCCGCCAUUGAAGAAGAGGAAACAGCGGAAACUCAAACCGGUGGUAGCGGUCGCGGUCGCGGUCGAGGGGAGCUACCCGCCUCCGCCUACGUUAGCUCUGCAGAGAAGCGAAGGAACAGGGUCGCCAAUUAUAUGUACCUUCUAGCAUUAUCUCUUAGUAUUUUCGGGGGUGCCUACCUGGGCCGAGAAUGGGAUGAGGAAGAAGCGAAGCUACAUACCGAUAUUCCCAAUGGAUGGUCCCUGGGACUUUGGUGGAAGCGGAUGACGGCCCGCUUUGGGGAUGUUACAAGUUAUUACAGUGAACCGGCUUUCGAAAAGUUACUACCCGAUCCCGACCCUCUAUUCGAGCGACCUUACACACUCUGCAUUAGUCUCGAGGAUAUGUUGGUACACAGCGAAUGGUCACGGGAACACGGUUGGAGAGUUGCUAAGCGUCCCGGCAUGGACUACUUUUUACGCUACCUCAGUCAAUACUACGAGUUGGUUCUAUUUACAAGCGUACCAUUUGCGAUGGGUGAUCCGUUGGUUCGAAAGCUAGAUCCUUUCCAUUUCAUCGUUUGGCCUCUAUUUAGAGAAGCUACCAAGUACAAGGAUGGUGAGAUUGUAAAGGACUUAUCCUACUUAAACCGAGACCUCUCUAAGGUCAUUAUAAUAGACACCAAGGCCGAACACGUCCGAAACCAACCCGAAAACGCAAUUGUGUUAAAGCCGUGGAAGGGCGACCCUAAGGAUACCGAACUCGUCUCGUUGAUUCCUUUCUUAGAAUAUAUCCAUACCAUGCAAUAUAAGGACGUGCGAACAGCGAUUAAAUCGUUUGACGGCAAGCACAUUCCGACCGAGUUUGCGCGAAGGGAAGCGAUCGCCCGUGCCGAGUUCCAAAAACAAUACGAGUCCGAAAAAAGAAAGAGAAAGAGCGGUAUGGGGGCUCUUGGGGGCAUGCUUGGGUUAAAGCCGAGUAAUAUGAGCAUGAUGGUUCCUGCUGAAGGCGAAAUCAGCCCAAUGGAGGCAUUCGCGCAGGGCAAGAUGUUGCAAGAUAUUGCGCGAGAGCGGGGUCAGCGCAACUAUCAAAUGCUAGAAAAGGAGAUCCGUGAAAACGGAGAGAAGUGGCUUAAGGAGGAACAACUCGCGAACGAGAAGGCGCAGGCCGAGGCUGUGAGCAGUAUGAAGUCGUCUUUCACCAACUGGUUCCUGCCUUCGAAACCAGCGGAAACUCCCACCGAAGCCAACAAAUAAAUCUAAAAAUGAAGGAACUAUGUACAAUCUGGGGAAGGUGUAUGAUAUAAUGAACGCUAAGAGGGAAGGCGUUGAUUUGCAUUAUGGUUGUAUAGGGAGACUACGACAACCGUUGCUAUUACUACCACCAAUACCAUACCACCCAGGAACGAAACUCUACUCUUACACGACAGCAUUAUUCUUGCAUAUGAUGGACAGGGGUUACAUCAAGUUUGGGAUGACAUACAUACGUACGGCUAAAGAAAAAUGGUUCUUAUGUCACAG